AUGACAUCGGAUCCAUCUGAUGAUCUUCGAUCACUUACGUUACAGGAAAAUCGAAGACGUACAUCGACGAAUCCAACAUCCCGCCGCCAUCAACAUCGUCCUAAUUCUCAACCGAAACGAGCUGCGACUAUUGAUCAUGAAGGACCUGAAGAAAAACUUCGAAUUGUCGUUCUUGGUGCGACGAAAGUCGGGAAAACAUGUCUAUGUCAGCAGUUCUUAGCAGAAAAAUUUGUUAUUGAACAUAAAGAAACAGUCGACGAAAUGUAUAGCGCUGAACUCGCACUUGUUGAUCGCCAUAUUAUAUUAGAAAUAUUAGACACAGCUGGAAUCGAUGAAUUUCCUGUUAUGCGGCGUUUAGCGAUUGCUCGUGGCGAUGCAUUUCUCAUUGUUUAUGCUGUCAAUGAUGCGUCUUCAUUUGAUAUUGCUCAACGAAUGUAUCAACUCGUCUUAGAAAUCAAAGGUGAUCUAGUCUCUGCGCCUUUACCAAUGAUAUUCGUCGGAAAUAAAUCCGAUGUGGAUUUAACUCGGCGAGAAAUCGACCGAGAUCACGCGGAAGCCAUCGUGCGUGAACAAUGGUCGUCCCAUCUGAUCGAAACAACAUGCCGCGAACGUGAAUCUGUAUAUAAAGCAUUUCAUCUUCUUUUGCAUUUAGCUAAUAUUAAUAUGACAUUGAAUUGUGAUAUAACACGUCGCUCAUCCGAUCCGAACUUAUCAUCGAAUAAAGAUCAACGUACAACUAAUAAACGGCAAAGUUGUGCACAACAAUGA